AUCCAUUCUAGCCAUCUGUACCAUUUGACCUUAAACAUUCUUUGAAGGUUAGGCGGUACCGUUACGCAUAAGUUGCAACCAGAACUUGUACAGUCCGGUGAACCUCAUGUAUACGCUAGAAAAUAUCCUUCCCCCACUUCCUAAAGUUGUCAGGGGAAGAUCUUUGGUAUUUGAUGCUGAUCCUAAGGGUAAAAAGCUUAUUUAUGCAACUGGAAAUAGUGUUGUUAUUCGUUCUGUUGAGAACCCAGCUGACAAUGAUAUGUACACACAACAUUCUGUGGCUGUUAAUGUUGCAAAAUAUUCACCGAGUGGGUUUUAUAUCGCAUCUGCAGACAACCAUGGAAAAGUUCGAAUUUGGGAUACAGUUAACCAAGAGCACCUGCUAAAGCAUGAAUAUCAACCUUUCAUGGGUGCAGUAAAUGAUUUGGCGUGGACUUCAGAUAAUGCACGUAUUCUCGUCGGUGGCAAUGGCUCCUCAAAAUUCGGAGCAGUCUUUAUUGUAGAAACCGGUUCUUCUGUCGGUACUAUCACUGGCAUGAGUAGGAGUGUAAACUCUGUAGAUUUCCGACCUGUUCGACCUUAUCGUGCUAUCACGGGAAAUGACGAGGGUUUAGUGACCUUUUUCGAAGGUCCUCCAUUCACAUUUAAGAACUCAUAUCAGAACCACAAGGGUUUCGUCAACAUAGUUCGGUAUUCUUGGGAUGGGUCGUUUUUCGUUUCUGGGGGUGCAGAUGGAAAGCUCUUUUUAUAUGAUGGCGAGACAGGUGAAACGCUGCGCGAGAUAGGGAGUCCGGCACAUGGAGGUGGCAUUUAUGCUAUCUCUUUUUCACGAGAAGGCCCACUCUGCGUAUCUGCUUCUGCAGACAAAUCCAUCAAGUUGUGGCAUGUUGAGGAUAGGAACCUCACUUAUCUAGCUGAAUAUUCUUUCGAAAAUAUCCUUACAAAUAUGCUGCUGGGAUGUACAUGGGUAGGCAGAAAAGUUGCUACUGUAUCUUUAAGCGGUUCCAUUCACAUAUUUGAUGUCCCACCUGACUCAAAAUCACUUAGUCCACCUGUACUUUCAAUACAUGGGCAUAAACUUCAUAUUACCUGUGCUGAGUAUAGUACAACACAUAACCGUUUGAUUACUGCAAGUUCUGAUGGAUCAAUGGCUAGUUGGAAUUUAAAAACUGGUUUAGCUGAAAUGUUUUCUGGUUCUGAAGCACACACUUCACAAGUUCAAUCGAUAUCACUAUUGGAAAAAUAUGUAAUUACUGUAGGUAUCGAUGAUCGAUGCGUUGUCAGUUCGAUAAGAGAAAUGAAUCAUUUAACAUCUAUAAAGUUGCCUUCUCAACCACGUUGUGUAAAGUCUAUGGAAUUAACGCAUCCAUUAAUCAUUAUUUCUUGUACUGAACAUGUUGUUUUACUAGAACUUCGAAACAAUUCACUAGUGAUCUUAGAUCAGGUGGAUAUUUCACUAGGUAUAUGUACAAUGAGCCUUUCAAAAGAAUUGUCAUUGGUUGUUAUUGGAUCACAGAAUCAAGGCAGUUUAUCCUUCUAUAUAUCGAAUCAAAAAUUGAAGCGAUUAAAUCUUGUUAAUGCUAUCCAAGAAAAUCCGGUAGUGGUUGAUUUUUCACCGAAUGGUAAAAUAUUGGCUAUUGCAAAACCUGAUCUUUCAGUGAAUUUAUUCUCUGUCAAUUUUGACGGGAAUCAACAUGACCUACCAACUCUCGAAUCUGUUCCCUCUGAAUGUUGGCUAAAACACUCAGCUAGAAUAACUUGUAUUAGUUGGAGUCCAAAUGGUCGUCAUUUUGCUACUGGGAGUAUUGAUAGUUCUAUUAUUAUUCGAUCACUAGAUGAACUGAGAAAGCCUAUACAAAUAUCAAGCGCUCAUCCAAUGAGUUAUAGCACAUCAGUGUGUUGGAUCAGUGAUGACCGUUUAUUAAGCUCAGCGCAUGAUGGAAGUAUUCGUGUAUGGCAUGUAUAAAGUAAAUUGACCUGAUCACAAAAUAUCGAAUCUGAAUAAAGUAUGCACAACUGGGCUUCUUAGAAUAUAUGUUCACAUAUUUAAAUCUUUCUAAUCACCUUCGAAUACCGAUGCAAUUUCUGAUAUGUUUUUUAAUCAUUCGUUUAUCUUUUCCCAAUCUAUCUGCAUGCAACAGUGAAAUUUUUAUCAUAUCAGCUUCUAUUGCUUUAUGUGGAAGUUUAAACAUGUUUUUUCUCGGUAAAUAGUUUUAUUGUGUUUUACUUGUUACUGAGGUCGGCUAAUGAUUUCUUUCUGAAAUAUAAUCAGCUUCAUAGAACUUAGCUAUAUAAUAGAUAUACAUAAUUAGGUGCGAUAUUCAUUAAUUCUUGCAUCGAAUCUGACUUGAAUCGAAUUAGUGUUACUUGUUGAUCUCUUCGUCUAAUUACUUUUUACUAGGUAGAACGCAAGUUCUCAUUCUCUUACACCUAAAGUUCCAUAGUGGUUGUUACGCACUCAGCAACCACUUUCAGUAGACAACGAGCCACACUUGUUAUGUGAUGGCCAAUGAUGUGACCUGUCUGCAGGGACCAUGAUAGGCGCAGCUGGAUUCCAACCCACAACGUAAUGGUUGAAAGUCAACUAUUUAAGCCAAUGAGCCAUUGUCUCCCCUUUACAACCUGGUCAUUUCAGAAAACAGCAGCCUUCAUUUAUGGCAGUAUGAUUUUUUAUGAAUCCAGUAAGUGGUAACAGUAGUUUGUAAUACACUUUAUGGCGCAGAUGAAACCAUAAUGAUAGAUCUCGGCUUUCCUUCAUUAGCUUCCAGAGCCAUUCAUGCAAAAGACAAAUUAGGACAUUUUUGUAGAAACGUUACUGCUUAUGAACACGCAAGAGGCAGUGUUACGUAAAGAUUUUGCCAACUCACAUACAAGUGUGAUAGCGAUGUUGAGUAAAUUAUGACAACAAACAUUUCCUAGUGUGACUAGCCUCUUCAUCAUCUGACUAAUAGAAAGUUUGUUAGCAGCCAUAUAUAUUUGUAUGGUGAGAGAUACAUACAUGUACCAUGUUAGGCGAACUUGUAUUAGGUUGGUAAAGGGUUCAGGAUAGUGAAACUAAGGAGUGAGACCACUCGAUGAAGUUACUGGCUGUUAGUUCGAGCUGUGCAAGGGGGAUGUAGACUACUUAGCUAGGGUCGCCUAGAUUGUAGGAAUGAGUGGUUGAGGACUCUUGAUGACGCGAUUGGAAAUCGGUUGCAAUGGCGCAGAUGUCCAAAGCUUGAAUAUUUGCACUAACCAUCUUCAAAUCACUUAUUCUCUUACACAACUUUUUCUACUCACGUGUUCUUUGUGUACUACUGUGAAGUGUGCCAACUUAAACCGAUGCACUUGUGUGGUAGGUUCUAAGUUGAUUUUGUCUGUCUGACAGAUAGGCUUCAACCCAUACGCAAUGGUUGACAUAAUAAUUCUUCAUAACUUAUUUUUGAUGCAUUACCUUCAAGGGGAUGAGUAUGAAACACUUUAUGUAUUUAUUCCAAUGUAAGCUUACAACUAAACAUUGUACGCUUAAGAACACAUUUACAAUCCAGGAAAAAAGUCUAGAUCAUGCGUUUCUAUCAUAGUUGACGCUAAAAACUUAUCAGUUUCGUAAUCCCAUAAAACCGUUUGCUAUAUAC